AUGUUCCGCUCAAUACUUCACCACAAGGCUACUAAAGUAGCCGCAACCGCUGUUGGUGUCGCAGGUUCAGCUGUUAUCUACUUGGAUUAUAUAAGACCGCUUAAACCCUCAAACACUGUUACUUCAUACAAGCCUUUGGUCAAAGAAUUACCAACUCCUCCAACAAGAGAAACAUUGUUGAAAAACUUGGAAACUACUCCCAAGUUCGAUGUCUUGAUCAUUGGUGGUGGUGCUACCGGUACAGGUACAGCCUUGGAUGCAGCCUCGAGAGGUUUAAACGUCUGCUUGUUAGAAAAAAGUGAUUUUGCUUCUGGUACCUCAUCCAAGUCAACAAAGAUGGCUCACGGUGGUGUCAGAUACUUGGAAAAGGCCAUUUUCCAGUUGUCUAAGGCCCAAUUGGAUCUUGUCAUUGAAGCUCUUAACGAAAGAGGUAAUAUGUUAAGAACCGCCCCUCAUUUGUGUACCGUGUUACCAAUUAUGAUUCCAGUUUACAAGUGGUGGCAAGUUCCUUACUUCUUUGCUGGUUGUAAGAUGUACGAUUGGUUUGCUGGUCACCAAAACUUGAGAUCUUCCACUGUUUUCUCUAGAGAAAUGACUUCUGCUGUUGCUCCUAUGAUUGACGAUUCUAACUUGAAGGCAACCUGUGUUUACCAUGAUGGUUCCUUUAAUGAUGCCAGAAUGAAUGCCACUUUGGCUAUCACUGGUAUUGAUCACGGUGCUACUAUCUUGAAUUACAUGGACGUGAAGCAAUUAUUGAAGGAUGACCAAGAUAAGGUUACCGGUGUUUUAGCUGUUGAUAGAGAAACCAACAAGGAAUAUACAAUUAAGGCCACCGCUACUGUUAAUGCUACUGGUCCAUUUGCUGAUAAAAUCAUGGAAAUGGAUGAAGAUCCAAAAGGUUUACCUCCUACUAAGCCUUUCGCCCCAAGAGUCGUUGUUCCAUCAUCUGGUGUCCACGUUGUUCUCCCUGAAUACUAUUGUCCAAGAGAUAUGGGUUUAUUAGACCCUUCUACCUCUGAUGGAAGAGUCAUGUUCUUUUUGCCAUGGCAAGGAAAGGUUUUGGCCGGUACCACUGAUACCCCAUUAAAGGAAGUCAAGGAAAACCCUGUCCCAACUGAAGAAGAAAUUCAAGAUAUCUUGAAAGAAUUGCAAAAGUAUCUCGUUUUCCCUGUUAAGAGAGAAGAUGUUUUAUCUGCAUGGUCUGGUAUUAGACCAUUGGCUCGUGAUCCAAAGCACUUGCCACCAAGAGGCACUGAAACUGAUGCCACCGCUGGUUCCACUCAAGGUUUAGUUAGAUCGCACUUAAUUGUUAAGUCCGACACUGGAUUAGUCACCAUAACCGGUGGUAAAUGGACCACAUACAGAGAAAUGGCUCAAGACACUGUUGAUACUGUAGUGAAAAAUUUCGAUUUCAGUGGUAAGAACUUGAAGCCAUGCCAAACCAAUGAAAUCAUUUUAAAUGGUGGUGAAGACUACACUAAGAACUAUAGUGCAAGAUUGAUCCAUGAAUACAGAAUUCCAUUAAAAUUAGCCAAGCACUUGUCCCAUAACUACGGUUCGAGAGCUUCUCUUAUUUUGGAAUUGUAUCAUCAAUCUGACUACAACAAGUUGCCAAUCACUUUAGCUGCUAACGAUGAAUUCAAGCCAUCUUUGACUACUUCUACUGAUGAACAUAACUUAUCAUACCAAUCGUUUGAUGAGCCAUUCACUAUUGCUGAAUUGAAAUACUCUUUGAAGUACGAAUACAUUAGAACUCCAGUUGAUUUCUUGGCUAGAAGAACCAGAUUGGCCUUCUUGAACGCUAGAGAAGCUUUAAGUGCUGUUGAUGGUGUUGUUGAAAUCAUGAAGAAUGACUUGAAAUGGGACUCCAAGACCACAGAACAGAUGAGAGCUGAUGCAAAGGAUUAUAUUGGAAAGAUGGGUAUUUCGCCUAAGGUAUUCGAUGUUGAAGAUAUCGUUGUCAAAUAA